AUGGCUGACGAGUAUCAGGACGAUGGUCCCCAAUCGUCGGGGACGUACUCGAGAGACGCUGGAAGUAUCCACAAGGGCGGAUACAUUGUAAUUUCGGGACGGCCUUGCAAGGUGGUGGAGACUUCUAUCACUGUUACGGCGAAAGGUAACAAAAAGUGCAAUUUUGUCGGAACUGAUUUAUUCACCAAGGAGCGGUGGGAAGAGAUGGCGCCGUACUCGCACAGUGUCGAGGUUCCAAAAGUAAACUUCAGCGACUAUACAGUCCUAGACAUUACAUCUGAAGGCAUGCUAUCUCUUAUGAGCCAUACGGGUGACACGAGGGACGAUCUUCCCCUCCCCCCGGACGAGGCUCUCAGCUCACAG